UUCAUUUCAUUUCCAUGGAAACAGUUGGAAUUUUGUAUACACAACAACAUUUUUGUUCUUGAUGGGAAAAGAAGAUGGAGAAGCUUCCGCUCGUUGCAAAUAGAUUGGGGAUAUACGAGAAUCCACGUCAUUUUCCUGGCUACACCGGGCAUUGCCCUGGAGAGAGAUAUUCAUUUGGGGAAACCUAUGGCAACUCAACGAGUUAUUCUUAUAGCAGCUAUCGACAUGGAGAACUGUCAAACAGCAAAGAAAGAUUAGGCAGGGGCGGAGACGUUCAUAUUCCCUUCCCGACAUACUAUCAACAUGAACCGUCAUUAGUCAUUGGGACUACCACAAGAACUCACAGGAGAUGGGAGGCCCCUGAAAGAUACAGAUUAUCAAAUGAGAGCAGCAAUCAAAAACAUAUCAAGGACUUUAAAAUGGCAGCUGAAGAUCACAGAGAGCAAUACAAAGAUCACUCAGGAUCAAUAGUAAAGGGUCAACAAUUCCAGCUACCUAAAGUCUCGCACCAAACAUCUCCAAAAUGGAAGCAAACUGGAUAUCCAUGACAACUCAGUCAUUGAUGAAGAAAUCAAGACAAACAUUGACCUUGUGCACAGAUACAUUUUUCGUCUCCACAGCCUGUUUCCCCUUCAAUGCCUUGUGCAAAACUGUUUUCUCUUUUCUAUUUUAUAAUAGCAACUACUCCUGCCAAAAGUCUACUAAGUUUUUACAUUGCCUAUAGCAUGCCCUCUGAACAAUGAUUCUAUUUUAACUCAAAAGUUUUAGUGCUGUCCAAUUGAAUUAUAUCACAUUGCAGGCACCGCGAAGCGGGGGGGGGGGGCUGGGGGGCUUUAGCCCAAAAAUGUAUAAUAUUAAGAAAAGAACCAUCAGAAAAGCCUCUUUUUAUUCGGUUUUAGCGCCCCUCCCCACUUUUUUAGACCCCCUACUUUUCUCAACGAUAUGCGGUGCCUGCAUAGUUCUGAUAUUCACCUCUACAAGCAACAUUUGGGGGAGGAGCAUGCUGUCAGUCUUUUCAAAACCAAAAGGAAACUCAUAGGACUUUUGGCAGGGACGGUAGUUUCAGACAUCAGCAGAGAUCCAACGAUUUUUUAGAAACCUAAAUUCCGCAUGUUUGCACCUACUUAUCUUAAACCCACGACCUUUGGACGCCAUGGAAGAAGGUUUAUUCUACCCAACUCUAGCAAUUUUAUGAAUCAAAGGUACACAGAGUCGUUGGUCUUAGCCAGUUAAGCUUUACAGAUGGCCUGGGGGGGGGGUUAACCUUGGUGAAAAAUGACGGGGAUGUGCCUGCCAGAAAAUAAAACUGGAACCAACUUAAGAAAACAUGAUAUUUUCGUUUAAGGUGAAAAUGACACCCUGUUUGCAGGCUUUUCCCUGGAUAGUCGGUAUAUCAACUUACUGGGGGCCUUUACAUGGUUACCGUUCAUCCUUUGAAUAUAAUUCCAACAUAGGAACAUCCAUUUAGAAUUCAAGUUCCAGUAUGUCAAUGUCCAUUGUCCAGGUUAUUAACUACAGUUUAAGAUGAAUUUUAAGUGUCAAAUUGGACAAAAUAACUAUAUUUUAUUGUUACAGUUGAAAAAAAUUUUUUAACCAAGAUAAAAUGUGAGCACCUUGCCAAAGUGAUAAGUCGUAGUAAAGAUGAUCAAAAUAAGUAUUUUCAAUGUGAAUUCAAAAGUAAUGUAAUAAAUUUCAA